CGGGUGUCCGUGACGCAGUAUUUGAGCGCCUGCGUCGUCUGGAGCCGCGACACUGAACAUGGCGCGUUCCUAGAAGCUGCUUUCGGCAUCAGUAGGCGGCGGCGUGUGGACUGGAAGCGUGGGGCGAAGGACAAGCUGACGCCGCUUCGUGUUGGAGCGUGGAAGCGGGAGAACCGGGCCAUUCCGGACCGAACCAAACGGUUUCCAUGGAUCUCAAUAGUGCCAGUACUGUCGUUCUUCAGGUCUUAACACAGGCCACCAGUCAGGAUACUGCUGUGUUAAAACCAGCUGAGGAGCAGUUGAAACAGUGGGAGACGCAGCCAGGUUUCUAUUCAGUGUUGCUGAAUAUUUUCACAAACCACACUCUGGAUAUAAAUGUAAGGUGGCUUGCUGUGCUGUAUUUUAAAAAUGGAAUUGAUCGCUACUGGAGACGAGUAGCACCUCAUGCUCUCUCAGAGGAGGAGAAAUCUACAUUGCGUGCAGGGCUAAUCACUAACUUCAAUGAACCGAUAAACCAGAUAGCAACUCAGAUUGCCGUGCUGAUUGCAAAAGUUGCUCGAUUGGACUGUCCUAGACAGUGGCCUGAACUGAUUCCCACUCUUAUAGAAUCUGUGAAAGUACAAGAUGAUCUUCGACAGCACAGAGCGUUGCUUACCUUUUAUCAUGUUACCAAGACCCUGGCGUCUAAACGACUGGCUGCUGAUAGAAAACUGUUUUAUGAUUUAGCUUCUGGAAUUUAUAGUUUUGCCUGCUCUCUGUGGAAUCACCACACAGACACAUUCCUUCAACAAGUUUCUUCUGGCAAUGAAGCUGCAGUUCUAAGUUCUCUAGAACGAACUCUGCUGUCACUGAAAGUGCUGCGUAAGUUAACUGUUAAUGGAUUCGUGGAACCUCAUAAGAAUAUGGAGGUGAUGGGUUUUUUACAUGGAAUAUUUGAACGUCUAAAACAAUUUCUGGAGUGCAGUAGAAGUAUAGGUACAGAUAAUGUAUGUAGAGAUAGACUGGAAAAGACCAUCAUUCUUUUUACUAAAGUGCUUUUGGACUUCUUGGAUCAGCAUCCUUUUUCAUUUACUCCUCUAAUUCAGAGAUCACUGGAAUUUUCUGUAAGCUAUGUGUUUACAGAAGUUGGUGAAGGCGUUACAUUUGAACGAUUCAUUGUCCAGUGCAUGAAUCUUAUUAAGAUGAUUGUCAAAAAUUAUGCUUAUAAGCCAUCCAAAAACUUUGAAGAUAGCAGCCCUGAAACUCUUGAAGCUCAUAAGAUUAAGAUGGCAUUCUUCACAUAUCCCACUUUGACAGAGAUAUGUAGAAGAUUAGUCUCUCAUUAUUUUCUGUUAACGGAAGAAGAACUGACGAUGUGGGAAGAAGACCCAGAAGGCUUUACAGUGGAAGAAACAGGAGGAGAUUCUUGGAAAUACAGUUUGAGGCCAUGCACUGAAGUAUUAUUUAUAGAUAUAUUCCAUGAAUAUAAUCAGACUCUUACUCCUGUACUUUUAGAGAUGAUGCAAACACUUCAAGGGCCCACUAACGUGGAAGAUAUGAAUGCACUGUUAAUCAAAGAUGCUGUGUAUAAUGCUGUUGGAUUAGCGGCUUAUGAGCUGUUUGACAGUGUUGAUUUUGAUCAGUGGUUUAAAAACCAGCUUCUUCCAGAAUUACAAGUCAUUCACAAUAGGUAUAAGCCAUUGCGACGCAGGGUGAUUUGGCUCAUUGGUCAGUGGAUUUCUGUGAAAUUCAAGUCUGACUUAAGACCCAUGUUAUAUGAGGCAAUUUGUAACUUACUUCAGGAUCAAGACUUAGUGGUCCGUAUUGAAACAGCUACCACUCUGAAGUUAACUGUUGAUGAUUUUGAGUUUAGAACAGAUCAGUUUCUACCGUAUUUGGAAACCAUGUUCACACUACUCUUUCAGUUACUACAGCAAGUUACAGAAUGUGACACAAAGAUGCAUGUUUUACAUGUCCUUUCUUGUGUGAUUGAAAGAGUCAACAUGCAGAUACGACCGUACGUAGGGUGUUUGGUACAGUAUUUGCCUCUUCUUUGGAAGCAGAGUGAAGAACACAAUAUGUUGAGAUGUGCUAUUCUGACAACACUUAUUCAUCUUGUUCAGGGAUUAGGAGCAGACAGCAAGAACCUGUACCCUUUCCUGCUCCCAGUUAUUCAACUGAGUACAGAUGUUUCCCAGCCUCCACAUGUUUAUCUUCUGGAAGAUGGUUUAGAAUUAUGGUUAGUGACUUUGGAAAACAGCCCAUGUAUUACACCAGAGUUACUUCGUAUAUUUCAGAAUAUGUCACCACUUCUAGAACUAAGUUCAGAAAGUCUCAGAACCUGCUUUAAGAUCAUCAAUGGUUAUAUCUUUUUAUCAUCAACAGAAUUUUUACAGACAUAUGCAGUAGGUCUUUGUCAGUCCUUUUGUGAACUGCUAAAUGAAAUUACUACAGAAGGUCAAGUUCAAGUGCUAAAGGUUGUGGAAAAUGCCCUUAAAGUGAACCCAGUAUUAAGCCCGCAAAUGUUUCAACCAAUUCUACCCUGUGUUUUCAGAGGUAUUAUAGAAGGGGAGAGGUAUCCUGUAGUGAUGUCAACGUAUCUCGGCGUCAUGGGUCGAGUCCUGCUACAAAACACUAGUUUCUUUUCCUCACUACUUAAUGAGAUGGCACAUAAAUUUAAUCAGGAGAUGGACCAGCUUUUGGGAAAUAUGAUUGAAAUGUGGGUUGAUCGCAUGGACAAUAUUACCCAGCCUGAAAGAAGAAAACUUUCAGCUUUGGCUUUGCUUUCUCUUCUGCCGUCUGAUAAUAGUGUUAUCCAAGAUAAAUUCUGUGGGAUUAUAAACAUCUCAGUGGAGGGCCUACAUGAUGUCAUGACAGAAGAUCCUGAAACGGGAACUUAUAAAGACUGUAUGUUAAUGUCUCAUCUUGAAGAACCAAAAGUAACAGAAGAUGAAGAGCCACCCACAGAACAGGAUAAGAGAAAAAAGAUGGACUGUGACAUCGGAAACGGCAGUUCAAAAUUACCUUUUUCCUCUUAAGAAGAAACUGCAUUCUGUCCCAAACACAUCCAGCAAACCCGGAGCUGGCUCUGGGCUGGAGAGACAAACAGCAAGUUUGAGGGUGACCAAGUGUAAGGACAGUGCAUGUACCCGGUGCCAGCUGGGUGUCCCCUGACCUCACUUUCGCAAGCUUGGGAGGAAAGUCGCCUGUCCUUCAAGGAGGACAAGACACCACUAUUGCUUACCAGUUAAGUAAUACAAUGGAAAAUAAAGUAGUUUGGGUAAAUACUGACUUGGUAGGAUUGACUCUCCAUCGGUUUUAUUUCCUUCUGAUGAUCCAUCAAGAUUCCUAAAUGCAGUCUGUAUUUUGAAAACAUCUGGAAUCAGCCAAGCACAUUUUUGAAGCUGUUGAGUGCUGACAUUAUAAUCUGUAUAUUUUGCUGCUCAGCUGUGCCUGCCUACCGUGCAUCGACCUACGAAGAUGAAGCCAGCAGUGUGCUCCUUCAGACAGCAUCCUGCCUCAGGGGGAUUGAGGGUCCUUAUGAGUAUUGUGUGUGUGUGUGUGUGUGUGUGUGUGUGUGCACUUUAUCUUUGCUCCUGAUUAUAAAUGUAAUAACGUUCACUAUUGAAACAUUGGAAAAUAAAGAAAAAGAUAAAGAAGCAGCAACUCAUAAUCCAUUCACCCAGAAAUAACCACUCUAAUGUUGUGAUGUGUAUGUGUGAAGGAUUUUGUGUACACACACUUACCCCUUUUACUCUAUGUGGUUUUAAAAAAACAAAACCAGGAUCAUUUGUGUAUCCUUUUAGAAUACUGGCAUUUUUUGAUAGCAUUAUAUCCUGUUUUUUCUCUUUAUACAUUUUUUAUAAAUAUAAUAUUUGAAAACUGCCUUAAUAUUUGGUGGAUGGGUAUUCUGUCAGUUCAGGUCCUCCAAGAAGCAGAUGCCAGGAGAGGAUUAACUGUACAAGGAACAUGUCGGGAGAAAUCUCUGUGAAGGACAAAGGAGAGGGAGCAGGCAUAGGCAGGGGGGUGGUGCAAGUGUGACACCUGUGAAAGGAGACCAAGAGGACGGGUUGGCCAGGGAGAGCAUCA